UUGACUUGGAUUUCACUUUUCACUUGACAUUGAUAGACUUCACAUCAUUUGACAUUCACAACGCCGCGCCGCAACCGCACGCAAAUUUCCAUACCCAUUCCCAAGGAUCCCAACAUUUCAUUCGAUUCGUGUCGAUUUCGCGUCCAUUUUCCAAUAUUUGACUGCACAAGCCACACAGCUACAGUGUUUUGCUAAACACUGACAUUUUUAUUGUGUAAACCCGAUAAUGGCAAGAGGAGGCAUGAGAGGACGCGGCGGCAUGAAUCGGGGUGGCAUGGGAAGGCCACCAUUCAAAGUAAAACUGUUUUUGCCCCGACACCCGUUCGACUUGGCCCUUUGCGAGUCGUCUUUUCCACGCACGAAGCCGGCACCAGAAGAAACCACUUUCACCCAGGCGUUGCUCAAGCGAAACGCCGAUUUGUCUCCAACACCCAAUGAACAAACUGCUAUCUUGAAUUUGGUCACCAAAAUACAAACUGUUUUGGAUAACUUGGUUGUGGCUCCAGGGAAUUUUGAUGCUUGUCAACUGGAUGAGGUGCGUCAAGUAGGAUCCUUUAAAAAGGGCACUAUGGUAACAGGCCACAACAUUGCCGAUAUUGUUGUCAUCCUAAAAACACUUCCCACAAAAGAAGCCGUAGAAGCAUUGGGCAACAAAGUUAAAGAAGAUCUGAAAAAUUUGAUGAAAAAUGAAAUUGUACCAAAGGGCGAACAAUUAGCCCACUCUACAAAUGAAAGAGGCCUAGAAAUUCGCAACGCCUUUGCAUGUGUGAGAGUUUUGGUUACAACUUUGCAUCACAAUAUUCGUAAAUUGGAUCCAGAAAUCCAUUUGGAUCAAAAAAUCAUGCUCAGCCAUUUAGCUGCUAUCCGCCACAGCAGAUGGUUUGAAGAGAAUGCCCAUCAUUCUUCGAUUAAGGUCUUAAUUCGUUUACUUCGCGAUGUCAGAUCAAGAUUUGAAGGUUUUGAGCCUUUGACUCCUUGGAUGUUGGAUCUCCUUGCCCAUUUCUCCAUUAUGCAUAAUCCUGGCCGUCAAGCUUUGCCAAUCAAUGUGGCAUUCCGUAGAGUUUUCCAAUUACUUGCGGCUGGGCUAUUUCUUCCUGGAUCUGCAGGCAUCACUGAUCCAUGUGAAGGAAUGAGCUUAAGAAUCCAUACAGCAUUGACUUUGGAGCAACAAGACAUUUGCUGCUUGACUGCACAAACUUUAUUGAGAGUAUUAUCGCAUGGAGGUUUCAAACAAAUUCUUGGAAUGGACGGGAACAAUAGUAUUGCUAAAGAAAUGUCUGUUUGGGAUGGUGUUGUUGUGUCCCCCUUGGAUAAAGCUUAUGAAAAUCCCCCAGAAAAGAAAGAAGGGGAAGAUGAUGAUGACAUGGACGACGCAGAUGGAGAUGAAAGUAUGAUGGAGACACAAGAAAAUUAAGUAAGAUUUUUGAAGAAAAAUUAUUUCAUAUCUUAUUGUGGUACCUACAUAAUAUUGAAUAAUUUUCCUGAGCUAGGGAAUUUUCCCUCGAUAAGUGUGUGUAUUUUGUGUUGUAAACUUUAGGUGAAUACAUUUAUAAUUCAAAACCUUUUGAAAGUAUAAAUAAGUGUUUUUUUUUUAAAAUUAGAUUUGAAACAAGCUUUCAGACAAUUAUAAUUAAUAAUAAUUAAAAACAAGAAAACUGGAUUUUUUUUUGGGAAAACACUACACCAUUUCAACCUCAAUUUCGGAA